UGUCAUGAACAAAGCGUGUCCUCCUCCGUCCUCUGACCAUGUUGUGUGCAGGAGCCGGCCGAGUUUCUGUUCUGCUCUGUGCAUGUUCUGUGAUGCUGGGAACUCUGGGACAAACUGGUGACCCCGGGGACGGUCAAACGCCAAACGCUGUUCGGACCGAAGAGAGGAGGCCAACACCUGAAACCACCAGGGAGAAGAAUUCAACGUUUUCCACCAAGGAUCAUGUGCGUCAGUCCCAGGCGCUGUCUGCUGCAGAGAAAGAGUUCAUCCUGAACAGGAAGAGAGUCUCUCUGAAGGCGCUCAACGACCUGGGAGUCAAGUGUUCACUGGCUACCGUUCCUCACAUCGCAGUCCUGGGGUCAGGUGGAGGUCAGAGAGCCGCUGUCAGUCUGCUGGGUUCUCUCCAUCAGAUGGAGAAAGACGGUCUGCUGGACUCGGUGCUCUACCUGGGAGGAGUCUCUGGAUCUGUGUGGUCGAUGGCGUCGCUGUACACUGACCCUCAGUGGAGUAAGAACGUGGGCGGAGCUGUGUCCAGGCUGUCAGGUCCUGAGAUCAGUCCGGAGCAGGUUCUGUCGUGGCUGAGUGAGGCAGCGAAGGACGAGCAAUUCUCUCUCUCUGACAUCUGGGGGCUCCUGACCUCGGCUGGGAUCAUGAAGCAGCUGGACCAUCAGCGUCUCUCCGGGGUCGUUACAAACGCCGUCAAUCCGUACCCCAUCUACAACGCUAUGAACCAAAACUGUCUAAAAGGACCAGAAAAAGGUAAAUGGUUCGAGCUGACCCCUCAUGAGUCCGGCUUCACAGAUCUGGGUCUCUUUGUGAACUCGUCUCUUCUGGGCAGCAGAGUCCAUGAAGCGGCUUCAGGAGGACAGAGGGAGAUGGACUUAGUGAGACUGCAGGGUAUAGUGGGCAGUGUUCUAUCAGAUGAACAGACAGUCUUAGACUCUCUGCCCCAGCAGCUGAAAGAUCUGGCGGGCGCUGCAGUGACGGAUGAAAACAACCUGCUGGAUGUGAUUUUCCUCUGGACUGAAGCUCCUCAGCAGGUGAGCGGGUUCUUUCAGGUGUUGGACCGGUACGCGCGAGCAUAUCACACCCUGUUAAAGGUGACGGACAUUAUCAAGAGAUACACCAAAGAUCCAAAGGUGAUAUCUGAUCUGAACAAGCUGCAGAAGACGAUGAGAGAGAAUUUAAACUUAAACCCGGCUGCAUGGUUUGGAAAGAAGAGUCCAAAACAACGUAAGCUGAUCCUGGAUCGGUGGAGUCAGAAGAUUUUGGAGCCUCUGCAGUCCUGGUCCCAGAGUCUGGAUGAAGGACCCGUCAAAGAUUACGUCUCCUUAUUGCCCCAGAAAGUCUUUCCUGCGAUUGGGAAAUGGGAGUGGGAAACCAUUGAAAACUUCCUCUUCCUGUACCCAGACGCUUCAGUGCCGUCCUGCGUCAGACUGAAGCAGCGCCUGCAGCUGAUUGACGCAGGUCUGAUGUUGAACAUGGCGUUUCCCCCGCUCCUCGGAGAAAAGAGAGAGGUGGACCUCCUCAUCGCUCUGGAUUACUCGGCCAGUGAAGCCUUCACGACUCUGACCGCGGCCAGAGAUUACGCUGCCAAACUGAAGAAGCCGUUCCCCGAGAUAGACGAGAAAAUCCUGCUGGAGGAGAGAGACUGUCCGAAGGACUUCUACGUGUUUGAGGGGAAAGAGAAGGAGCCCACCAUCGUGUUCAUGCCGCUCUUCAACAGAAACAACUGCAAAGAUGCAGAGGAGGUGAAAACAAAGAUGGCGGCGUGCUCCACCUUCCAGCCUCCGUUCAGUCAGGAGAAAGUGGAGUUUUUGUUGGAGACGGCAAAAGAGAACGUGAAGAGAAACAAAGAAACUCUGCUGAGAGAGAUCAAGAAGGCGGCUGAACGCAGACGCAGCAGGAGGUGA